GUGAUAUUUCAUCUUCCUACUUUCUUUUAUUUUUUCUCAUAGAUGAGAAGCUGUGCGCGUACCGUAGCCACGCCAUUGAUCGUAUCAGCGAGAAACUCCGAACUUCGAUCGGACCAGAAACCCUAGAAACCGAGCGCUUUCCAUUGUUGCUUGUUAUCUGUUUUGUACUCCAGGUGAAGGUUGUUUGAUCUCUAAAAAAUCCAGGGCAUCUUCGUUUCUAAACUACCCACUGAUUCAUGCUCCAGUCGAUAAAAGAAUGAUCUUUUCAAAGCUUGGACGUUCCUUGUCGCGCUCCGCAGCUUCAAGAAAUGGACUCUUGGGUGCUUAUGGCAGAAGAUCUGCGUUUCUGAACGAAUCGCUUCUUCGGUCUCCCCAUGGAGACGCCUUUCCUGGGGGCGAGCAUAGCAGAUUAGGGUCUCUGAGGUGUUACUUGAUUUCUAUAGGAACCAACAAGGAAUUUGCUUCCAAAAGAUACUCUUUGGAUUUCAAUGCCCUUCUUGCGAGUCCUAGACUCCAUCGGUUUUUCUCCAAUGAAGCUCCCAAAAAGAAAAACUACGAGAACUUCUAUCCAAAGAAUAAGAAGGAAAUUCCCAAAGGGAACAAUCAAAAAACCGAGUCAAAAGAGGAGUCAAACACCGAAAAUCAGGGGAAUUUCCAGGAAAAUUUCAUGAAGCAGUUGCAGAACUAUUUGACCCCUCUAAUGUUUAUUGCAUUGGUGCUUUCGUCAUUCUCUUUCGGUUCUCAUGACCAGAAACAGAUAAGUUUCCAAGAAUUCAAGAACAAACUUCUGGAACCUGGUCUGGUGGAUCACAUUGUAGUUUCAAAUAAAUCAGUUGCAAAGGUUUAUGUCAGGAGGUCGCCUCGCAUUACUGAUCAAACCAAUGAUGAUGUUGUCCAGGGACCCAUUGAUGAUACUCCUGCUAGAGGAAAUGGGAGCCAGUAUAAAUACUAUUUCAACAUUGGCAGUGUUGAAUCGUUUGAGGAGAAAUUGGAGGAAGCCCAGGAAGCAUUAGGAAUAGAUCCUCAUGAUUAUGUUCCUGUAACAUAUGUUUCCGAAAUGGUUUGGUAUCAAGAGUUGAUGAGGUUUUUACCAACAGCCUUGGUUCUGGGGUCUCUGUUGUACAUGGGGCGAAGAAUGCAGGGUGGAUUUGGCAUUGGUGGUAGUGGUGGAAGGGGUAGCCGUGGAAUAUUUAAUAUUGGAAAAGCCCAUGUCACAAAACUGGAUAAGAAUGCCAAAAACAAGGUUUUUUUCAAGGAUGUUGCUGGCUGUGAUGAAGCAAAGCAAGAAAUCAUGGAGUUUGUGCACUUCCUCAAUAACCCCAAGAAAUAUGAGGAGUUAGGAGCUAAGAUUCCAAAAGGUGCUCUUCUUGUGGGCCCUCCUGGUACAGGAAAGACACUUCUUGCAAAAGCAACUGCUGGUGAAUCUGGUGUGCCCUUUCUAUCAAUAUCUGGUUCCGAUUUUAUGGAGAUGUUUGUUGGGGUUGGACCAUCCAGGGUAAGGAACUUGUUUGCGGAAGCCAGGCAGUGUGCACCUAGUAUAAUUUUCAUUGAUGAAAUUGAUGCAAUUGGUAGAGCAAGGGGUCGUGGAGGCUUCACAGGAGCCAAUGAUGAACGUGAAAGUACUCUCAACCAGUUGCUUGUAGAAAUGGAUGGAUUUGGAACAACAUCUGGAGUUGUAGUACUUGCUGGAACUAACAGACCUGACAUUUUAGAUAAAGCUUUGCUGAGGCCUGGUCGGUUUGAUCGCCAAAUUACCAUUGAUAAACCUGACAUUAAAGGCCGUGAACAAAUAUUUCAGGUUUAUCUGAAAAAACUCAAGCUUGAUCAAGAACCAUCAUAUUAUUCUCAGAGACUUGCAGCUCUCACUCCUGGAUUUGCUGGAGCUGAUAUUGCAAAUGUUUGUAAUGAAGCUGCUUUAAUUGCUGCAAGAAAUGAGGUAUCACAGAUUGCUAUGGAACACUUCGAGGCAGCUAUAGAUAGGAUAAUAGGUGGUCUGGAGAAGAAAAACAAGGUAAUAAGCAAGCAGGAACGCCGGACUGUUGCUUACCAUGAAUCAGGUCAUGCUGUCGCUGGGUGGUUCCUGGAGCAUGCAGAGCCCUUGCUUAAAGUGACAAUUGUUCCUCGUGGUACUGCAGCACUUGGGUUUGCUCAGUAUGUUCCAAAUGAAAACCUUCUAAUGACCAAAGAGCAGCUAUUUGAUAUGACAUGUAUGACGCUAGGUGGCCGAGCUUCAGAGCAGGUUUUGUUGGGAAAGAUCUCAACAGGUGCCCAGAAUGACUUAGAGAAAGUAACCAAAAUGACUUAUGCCCAAGUAGCAGUCUAUGGUUUCAGUGACAAGGUAGGGCUCCUUUCUUUCCCGCAGAGGGAUGAUACGUUUGAGAUGACAAAACCUUUCAGUAGCAAGACUGGGGCAAUUAUUGACAAUGAGGUGAGAGAAUGGGUUGCCAAGGCCUAUGAACGUACAGUAAACCUGAUAGAGGAGCACAAGGAGCAAGUUGCUCAGAUUGCUGAGGUUUUGCUUGAGAAGGAGGUCCUACAUCAAGAAGACUUGGUUCGAAUAUUGGGGGAGCGCCCUUUCAAGUCAGCUGAGCCCACAAACUAUGAUAGGUUUAAAGAAGGAUUCCGAGAGGUAGAUGAGAAGAGUAGAGAGGCCACAGAUGUUGGGACUAUGGGGGAUGAUGGGUCAUCACCACUUGAACCAGAGGUUGUGCCUACAUAGUAUUAACAAAGGUCUGUGGUUGUAUAUGCAAGGGAUUGUUAUUUUAUUUUAUUUUUACCAUGAUCUCCUGGGGAGAUGAACGUAUUGUACAAAUCGUCAUAUUUGCCAAUGAUGUUAUAAUAUUUCUUGACGUUACAUUAACAGGAA